AUGAAUAAGGAAGUGUGUAUAAGGUUCAAGAAUGUAAGGGAAUGGUUAUCUUAUGAAGUGAUUAAAGGAUUUAAUAAUAAUUUUGAUGAAAAUUUGAAAAAAUAUUGUGAUAAUGGAUCAUGUUAUGAUCCUUUCGAUAAAAUUAGUGCUGGAUGUUUAUAUUUGUUUGAUGAGCUCUUUGCGGGUUUUAAACAGUUUACUUCUGUUGCAAAUAGAAACAUCAAUAUUGUUGAUUACAUUUUGAUAUCGUUAGGGUAUAUGUUAAACCUUAUCAUAGAUAAAGACAAUGGCAGUAUAGAGACUUUUUAUAAUACAUAUAUAAAUAAUGAUAAUACAGAUAAUAAGUAUAAUAAGAUAAUAACAGGUGUUACUGGUUAUGAGACUUAUAAUGAACUUAUAUAUAUAAAAGAAGAUUUGAUGAGUAUUGGUAUUAAAGCUAUGUCUAAAUUUUAUGAUGUAUUUAUAUUAUUAUGUGACAUUUGUACUGGGGUUGAUGAAAACAGCACAAAUUGCGGUAAUUAUUUAGAAAAAGCUAAUGAAUUUGCUAAAAAAUAUGAUGAGCUUAAUGAAGAUUAUUAUAAUGGUAGAUACAGCCCCUAUAAUCAAUUAUUAUCUACAUUAUCAAAUGAUUAUUAUAAUUUAAAAAGUAUAUGUUAUGAUUUUCCAUUACUUCCAACAUAUUCACGAAAAUUUGUAAUAAAAAGCACACUGAUUUCAAUUGGAUUUAUAUUUGUUGCAGUAUCAAUUUUCUUGGGAAUUGCAUAUAAGUAUUCGUUAUUUGGAUUUCGGAAACGAUCUCAAAAGCAAUGUUUAAGAGAAAGAAUAAAAAAUAUAAAGAAGAAACUGAUCAUUAAUAAAUUAUUCUGA